AUGGGGGGAGCAGGGACUCAGGAACCCACAUCAAACCAUGACCCCAACCUCAUUCCCCUCCUGCUGGCCAUGCUACUGGCUGGUUCAGGCCAAGCGGCGGAGAUCGUGGGCAGGCGCGAUGCCCAGCCACACGGCCCCUUCAUGGCCUCGCUGCAGCUGGGCAAGCUUCGCGGCAACCACUUCUGCGGAGGCACCUUGAUCCACCCGCGCUUUGUGCUCACCGCCGCCCACUGCCUGCAGAAUAUGACUUUGAGCGAUGUGAGUGUGGUGCUCGGGGUCCACAACCUGUAGGAAAACAAGCCAUCCCAGCAGAGACUGGGGAUCACGCGACUCCUUGAAAACAACUACGACCCGACAUUGAAGCUCAACGACGUGGUCCUGCUGCAGCUGGAUCGCAGAGCCAGUCUCAAGGCCCAAGUAGAAUUGACCCAGCUCCCCGACACAAAUUACCUCAUGCCUCAUGGUACCCAGUGCCUGGCGAUGGGCUGGGGCCAACUGGGCAUGAGAAAGCCACUGCCACAAGUCCUCCAAGAGCUCAAUGUCACCGUGGUCACCUUCCUGUGCCGGGAACACAACGUGUGCAUUCGUGCUGCUGGCAUCUGCUUUGGAGACUCCGGGGGUCUCUUGAUCUGCAACGGCGUCCUCCAGGCUGUGGACUCCUUCGUCAUCCGAGAGUAUGCUAGACGCCAGUACCCCAACUUCUUCGCCUGUGUAUCUCUCUACGUGGACAGAAUUCGCUCAGUACUGAACAGUGUGGAGUCUGAGGACAGUCAGGAGUCCCCAAGUAGUCUCCCCUACCCACUGCCCCGGCUCCCCGAGACCCCACCAAGCCCAGAUGAGGGGAACAAAAAUUGA